UGCUUCCUGUGUAUGUUUUUGACUUCACGUGUUUUUGUUUCAUGUAUUUUAACGUGUUAAUCAGACUGUGAAAGGAAACAUCCCACAUUUACAUAGGACUUCACAGUUCAUAAAGACCUUUCCCACCCACCACACACACAAAAAAAGUAUGAUGAGUUUCCCAACAUCUUCAUUUCAUAGGUGUGGAAAGGGAGUCAAGGAAAAGUUAAUGGAUACCAUUUACGUAGUUAAGCAGGCUUUGAGCGGUUCAUCUCCUCCCGUCCUCAAAACGACCUUCUGAGGUGGUUCCUGAAACCCGCUGUGAAGCUCAGAGAGGGACGCCUCACGUCCCAGGGGGAUCCGCUCAGGCGGGGCCGCCACGUGCCUCCGCGCUCCGUUAGACGGGAGAGGAGAGCAGCUGCCCCGGCGGGGAACACAUGGAGGGGACCCAUCAGCAAGUGGCAAGGACGCGGUGCAAAGCCAGGCUUUCUAAUGCCCAAUCCAAGGCUCUUUCACUACUAAACACACCCUCUUCAACACAUUUCGAGCGUCUGGCAGGCCCUGCACCAAGGCGAUGGUGAUGACAACCCAGGAGGGUUUUUACUCUCAAGGAGCUCAAUUUUAGGCCAGCGAGAAGUAAAAUAAAUAAUAAUUUAAAAAAUCAAACAAACUGAAAAACACAUAAAUAAGCCACGUCUCUCCUCAACCCCUAGCACUUAGUCACAAAGGCGAGUUAUAGAGCCCCGACGUGAACGUCUGAGCAGGCCCGGCUGUCACUCCCUGAGCACAGCAGGCAAAGAAGGUUGAGGCACCUGGACGAAAAGUGCUAGAGAAACUGGCGACUGUCCCACCUUCCCUAAGACCAAGGUUCGGAAUUCCAAAGACCGUUACUCGGCGCGGACCUUGACUCCCGGCCGCCGCCGACGCCAAACCUCAGUGCCUGGGGUCCGCGGCUUGCACGUCUCCCGGGCUUCGCACCCCUCGCCCGAUUUGAUUGGACAGUGGCGGGAAGAAGGCGGGGAGAUCCCCGGAGGAGGCGCGCUGAGGCCGGCCGGGGGUUCCCACGGAGGCGCCCAGGGGGCGAAGGGGCGGGAGCGGGCCUCAGAGAGUCGCGCGUGCGCAGUUGGGACGCGGCCCGCUGGGGGCUGCUGGGAGGACCGGACCCUGCGAGAAACGAGUGGGCGUGUGCCGGGUGGGCGCGGGAGGGGCCCGGGCUGCAUGAGCGCGCGUGCGCCUCGGAGUCGGAGCCGCGGAAGGAGGCGGGAGCUGAGGAGGCGGUGGAGGGGGCGGGUCGCGUCGGGCGCCACGUCCGCAGCCAGAGGCCGCCGCCGCCGCCACCGCCACCGCCACAGUCUUCCAGCUCCACAGCCUGAGAGGACGCUUACGGAGCCGCGAUUGCCGGGGAUUGUGCCGGCCGCCGCUGCCGCCCAGGCUGUCUCAGCCCUCCUCGGCGCCGGCCCGCUCCCUCCGCCCGGCCCCUGCCUUUGCCCCAGCGCGGGCCGCGACCCCGGCGGAGAUCAUGAAUCAGACAGAUAAAAAUCAACAAGAAAUCCCAUCAUACCUUAAUGAUGAACCACCAGAAGGUUCAAUGAAAGAUCACCCACAGCAACAACCAGGCAUGUUGUCCCGUGUGACUGGGGGUAUCUUCAGUGUUACAAAGGGAGCUGUCGGUGCCACCAUUGGUGGUGUGGCUUGGAUUGGUGGAAAGAGUCUGGAAGUGACCAAAACAGCUGUUACAACUGUGCCUUCCAUGGGAAUAGGGCUGGUGAAAGGGGGUGUAUCUGCUGUGGCUGGAGGUGUUACAGCUGUUGGGUCCGCUGUUGUAAACAAAGUGCCCCUAACAGGAAAGAAGAAAGACAAAUCUGACUAAAAUAUGGAGAUACACUUGCACUCCACAGCACUAUAAUGCCAGUGGCAUUGAAUUGCUAAAUUAUGGACUGCAACCAAGUCAACUGUUUUGGACGUUUAUCUUCUAAACUGCUGUGUUGAAAGUAUUGAUGAGUGGCUUUCAUCUAAAAAGAAGAGACCAAUACGAGCACAGUAGAUGAAGGUUUCUCAUACUUAAGUUCCAGCUUUUUAUCUGGUAAAAUGUUACACUUACUCAGUUGUAACUGAAGAUAUGGUAUGUUUGAAUAUUUACUAUAAGUCUUUCAGUUUGACUAAAAAUGUGAAAGUUGAAUUUAGUAGAUGAUCUUUACAGUUCCAUAUGUAUAAUGUGCCAGGUAACUCAUCUGCCCCUUAAGAAGGGAACCUUGAAUUACAUAAGCCGUACCUUUGAUGUGCCUAAUAGUUUCAGAUGUCUUAGUUUUUUAUAACCAUAGUUGAUUAGGCCAAGAUGCAUUCAUUUCUUAUUUAAGCUGGCAAAAAUUAGCAGGAAUUAGAGAAGUUUAAAAAGAAAAGAUAAAUGGUUUAUGAUACUGAAUGUUAACCAUCUUUUGUUAGUAGAUAUGCAUUCUAUUAAUUUAAUCAUUGAUGCCUUACAAAAGAAAACAUCUUUUCUGAUUCCCUGAAUAUGUGCAGUUCUUAGAAUCAUCUAUGGAUUCUUUUAAAGAUUUUUUUGUGAAAUUAGUUUUCCCUCUUUAGAAUCUCAGGAGUAGUGGGGUAAAAGCAUUUCCUGCUGUCAGUGGAUAAGACAGUGCUUAACUGUCUUGUCAGUUGUUAAAAUUAAAUUGUACACUUCUCAGCCUGGGUUCAUGCUCCAUCAUUAAUAAACCUCACAGUGCCUAAAGAACAUUUACUUACUGGUCAGAAGGUAUUUUGGAAGAGUUUCAUAUUAAGGAGAAACAAAUAAUUUUAAGUUCUUAAAAAUUACUUAAAACACCCAAAAUAUAAAAAGAAGACUCCACACCUAUUCUAUCUUUAGGAUGUCUUAAAUUAUUGGCAGUACUCCUUUUUAAAAACACGGUAAAAGUAACCACAAAUAUGUGAGGACUUACUUGUAAGUGGAAUGAAAUGAGCUCCAUAGAUUAGUUUUGAAUAUAAAAUAUGUAAAAGUGCUUCAAUGGUUUAUAUAGGCUUUAAAAACAUACUGUCUUACAGUCCUUUAAAGCACCUAUAGAGUUUGUAUCAUUUUUGAAGCCAGUUUCAGUCAGGGAUUUGAAGUGUUUGAUUAUGGAUGAUAAAUGUGUCAUAUCUUAUUAACAUGUCUCAUGUCUCAUUCAUUCGCAAUAAGAUUUAGUUGGAAUUUAUUUUCUUUUUGUUUCAUGUUUAAUUUCAUAAACAUUUAACAAUUGGCGUAUGUACUUGGCAUUCCUGUCAAUCAAGAAUUAUAAUCCAAGCCUGGGAAAAUCUUAAAUUUCUUUAUACUUAAAUCUGGAAAUUUGUCUCCAUUCUGCCAACUUUUUCUUUUUUUUUACAUAGUGGAGGGGAGGAAACGGGGGUGGUACCUUGCAGUAAGUCAAAAUAGCAUGCCAAAAAAUUUGAAACAGACCAUUCUAAUACCUGAGGCUUAAUUGUUUAUAAAAUACUUAAGAGAAUUAUAUUAAUAUGGAAUCAACAAAUGGAUAAGAAUACAACAUAACUUUUAAAAGCUUUUGUAAAUAUCAGCAGGGAUUGUAAGCAAAUCUACAAAGGUUCUUGAACCUUUCUACUAUGUACAAAACUGGAAAGUUAUUAAGGCGUUCAACUAAUCAGGAAUUAAAUGGUCAUUUAUUUCAUGCUGUAUGAUUUAAGGUAUUUUUGGGAUUCUGGUCAAAUGUCAUUGGCAAAUGGGAUUUAAAAAAACCUAAAUCAAUAGGUGAACACAAAAUAAUUAUCUAAAUAAUGGUAUUGGAGAACUUGUUUCCUGCUAUUUGGAAGAAAUUACGGCUUCGUUGCUAGUUUAUAUUUCUAACUUCUACAGUUAUAGACUCCACUGUGCUUUGUAUCUGAAUCUCUCAGUGUAGACGUUUUGUUUACUGUAUGCUUGCAUAUUUAUUUUCAACUUUGUCUGUCUUUAAAAUCGCUUUAGGAAAAAUGGUUGUAAUUAAUUUCUGCUACAGAAAAGCCACCUGGUAUGUUUUAUAUCAUCAAGAUGAUUGUUUUAAAUUCUAAACUAUAACUUCGUUCAGGGGGGCUUUUGCAAUGAUAGCAGAAAACUGUAUAGAGGUUCUUGUUGAAAUGAACUAACCAUUUGAUGAUAUGUACAGCUGUAUACUUGAGUCUUUUUUAGUUUACUUAUAAAGACUAGCAAUUUGACCUGUUAAACAGGACUAGUUCAAGUUAAGAAACUAAGAUUGUUGUAUAUACCUGGAGGCAUCUGUUAUUCAGCUUAUUGUUUGAGUGGGUUUUUGGCACAAUGAGGAUAAACUUAUGUGACCCACUUGAAUGGCUGAUCUAAUGUUGACAUGAAUUCUGUACUUAGUGAAAUGUCAGAUGAAAAUAACUGAUGAAUAAUUUUUUAUAUUAAAGGAAUGGGAAAACAACACAUGAAUUUGUUAAUAAAGCACUAUGAUCGGCAAAAGAUGGAAUGUUUCAUAAAGAUCUAAAGAAAUAAAGGAAACUUUAAAACAGGG